AUGCCCUUUGACCAUGAAGAUGUACAGAUGUGUUUUCGUGAGAAGCAAUCCCCAGACCAAAACUGUCCAUUGUUGUAUUGCAACAACGUGAAGGAGAACUGCCUGACCGUGGGGGAGCUGGGCAAAGAUGCCAGCUGGCUGGUUCCGCCCAAGCCGAAGGGCAAGUUGUCUAUGCUCGACAAGAUCAAGGGCUUUUUGGCCGGAAUGCACAUGCCGGACGUUCAGGUCAUCCACUUGGGCAUGCCAGAGCCUUUGCUGAUUCUCCCAAAUGCGCCUGGGCACUUUGCGCCAAGAGGAGCGACCUUCAGGCGCCGAAAGGUUCCGGAAGUUCGUCACUCCCGCAAGGCGGGGUUUCUUUGA